AUGCCUGAACGCCUGCGCAUGGGCCUGCCAGUAGGCCAGGCCCUGGCGCUCCGAGAGCUCCUGCAGCUCCUGGGUCCACCGCGCUGCCAACGGCGCUUCACCCCGCCAGAUCGCCAGCGGGAUCGCCGCGGUGCCCAGCACCUGGCAACGCGCGAAGACGUGCGCGUCUUCGCUGCACGCCAGCGCCUGCUCCAGCGUCUGCCAGGCGGUGCCGAACGCCCCGCGCAACCACUGGAUGCGCGCCAACUGGAUGCGCAUCGACACGCCGAACGGCACCUCGCUGCGGAACCGUCGGCCGAUCCGCGCGUCGUUGAACGCAAACACGCGCCAGGCCAGCAGUUCGGCGGCGUCGUGCUCCCCCAGCGCGUGCAGGCACAGCGCCGAGACGCGGUCCGAGAUGGCGAUGGACAGGGGUUCGAAACUGCCGGUGGCCAGGCCGCGGAUCUCGUCGCAACAGGCGAGCGACAAGCGGUAGUCGCCCUGUCCGUAGCGGCCAUCGGGCACAUAGCCCAGCAUGAAGCCCGCCGCGAUGCGCAGCGGCAGCUCCAACGCAUCCGCGUCGACACCCGCGCGCGACAGCUGGGUCAGGGCCGUCUCGAUGUAGCGCAGGUAUUCCUCGACACGGCCGGCCUCGUCGUAGCUGCGCUUGGCGAAGGCGGUCAACUGGAUGCCCAGGCCCAGGUCGUUCUCUUCGAUCAACGCCCACUCGAUGGCGGCCCGCAGAUCGGCCAUGGACAAGGCCAGCGCCGGCACUCCGCGGUGCUGGGACAUGCUGGCGCCGGCAUGCCGGGCGCGCUGCAGGCUUUCGACGAUGAAGGCGGCAUGGCGCCGAUGCACGGGCGGCGCGCCAUCGCCGUCGGCCAGUCGCUUCUCGGCAUACAGCCGCGUGACGUAGAGCAGGCGGUGCACCAGCCGGUCGUCAUCGGCCGACGCCAGCACGACGAGGGAUUUCGCCGUCAGGCUGAGCACGUCCUCGAUGACGCGCUGGCGGUUCAGCCGGUCACAGGUGGCGAUGGCCACCGCGCUGUCCAGAUCGAAGGCACCACGGAAGACCGACAGGCGCUGCAGCACCAGGCGCUCGCUGUCACUGAGCAGGUCGCGCUGCUCGACUGGAGCCACGACCUGCUGACCGAUGGCGAACGCGUGGUGCUGCGCCGGCUGUCGAUCUUCCGCUCGGCGUUCACGCUGGAGUCGGCCGCCGCCGUGCUCGCCAGCCCCGACCUGCCGCCCGAGGCGGUGGUGGACGGCGUGCUGGGCCUGGCCGCCAAGUCGCUGGUGGCCGUGGACGUCGACGGCGACACCGUGCUGCACCGCCUGCUGUACACGACGCGCACCUACGCGGCCGACAAGCUGGUGUCCGGCGGCGAGGCGCGGCGGCUGGCUUUUGCGCACGCCACGCACUUCCGCGACGUGCUGCAGCAGGUGCUACCGCAGCGCGACCUGCUGCCCAUCGACGAAUGGCUGCAGCGCUACGGCCGGAUGAUGGACGACAUCCGCGCCGGCAUGGACUGGGCGUUCUCGCCGGACGGCGAUGCGCUGCUGGGCGUGCAGCUCACGGUAGCCGCGAUCGACCUCGUCAACGAACUUGGCCUGGUGGACGAGUUCCGCGGCUGGGUGGACAUGGCCAUGGAGGCGGUCGAGACCUUGCAGCCGCCCCAGCCCGGGUUGGAACUGCGCCUGUGUUCGGCACGCAGCUUCCUCGGGUCCUUCACGAAGGGCCGCAAUUUCGCGUAUGGCGCCCACAUCGAAAGAACCCUGGCGCUCGCGGCGAAGCUCGACUCCGCCGCGCAGAGCAUCGAGGCGAUGUUCAGCCUGUGCGCCAAUGCCUUCGGCGCCGGCGACUACCGCGAGGUCGGCGAGGUGGCGCGUCGCAUCAGGCGUUAUGCGCCCGAGCCGGACGAACCGGCCGCGGUGCUGCUGUCCGACCGUUUCCUGGCCCUGAGCCACCACUACAUGGGCCAGCACGAGGCCGCCAAACCCCUGGCCGAACGCGUGCUGCACUACCCCGCCGGCAACGCCUACCGCCAGUACAUCGGCCACAUCCCGCGGGCGGUGUCGAUGCGCAUACUGCAGGCGCGCACGCUGUGGAUGCAGGGCGCCUGCGACCGCGCCGUCGCCCUGGCCGCCGAGGCUGAGGCGCAUGCCGAAUGCACCAACCCGCUGGCGCUGAGCCAGGCGCUCGCGAUGGCGACGAUCCCCAUCGCACUGUGGCGUGGCGAGAACCAGCGCGCCGGCGUGUUGCUGCGUCGCCUGCGCCGCCAUGCCGACCGGCACUCGCAGGCCUAUUGGCAGUCGUGGGCACGCAGCUACGAGAAAGUCAUCGCCGCACGUGACCGCGGCGAACCGCUGCGCCUGGGCAUCGAGCUCGGUCCCAUCGAGGCUCUGUCGGGCCUGGGCGAGCUGGACAUGGUGGGCACGCUGGUCGAGAGCGCCGUCUCCACGGUCGGCGUCGAGCGGGCCGACAGCGGCAUGGUGGGCUGGUGCGCGCCCGAGAUCCUGCGAGCCCAUGCCGAGAACGGGCUGCGCGGCGCACCGCAGCAGAUCGGCGACGCCGAGGCGAAGCUGACGCGUUCGCUGGACAUCGCCCGGUCGCAGAAGGCCUUGUCGUGGGAGCUGCGCAGCGCGACCAGCCUGGCCCGCCUGUGGCGCGACCAGGGCCGGCGCCAGCACGCGCACCAGUUGCUGUCCGGCGUCUACCAGCGCUUCGACGAAGGGCAUGCCACCUCGGACCUCGUGACCGCGCGGCAGCUGAUCGGCGAGCUGGGCUGA